AUGCAGUGCGAACCAUUCAUCAACUCGCUGGGUUUAAUCCCGGGCCGUCACGGUCGCAGUGUGAGCCUGUGUGGCGACGUUUACUCCCCAAUACAAAGCAUGCGGUCGCCGCCUCCUGUUCAGCCAGAGCCCCAAUUCAUCGCUGCAACAUCUGCUGCUCAAAUCGUUUCCGCCGACCAAAAUCUGAAUGGCUUAAAUCCGUCAGCAGGCACCAUUGGUGCCUCCCUCUCUCCGGCGUCCCUGACCCUCCUUAACCGUUUUUUGGACAACCUUCUUUUCAACAUUCUUAUGACAGCUAAAUCUACGAAUUUGAAUGCGAUCAGGCUAGCACUAGCUGAAGUGCUGAAACCAAGACUCGCAAAGGAAGUGGUUUCUGCAGCGGAUGACGAACUAAGUGAAUAUAUGGGUGGAGGAGAGGAUGAGGAACUGUCCGAUUUCCGUGGAGGUCGUGAGCCUGCGGGUCACUUCGAGCUCGAGAGAUCAUGGAAACUUACCCGCCUACGGUGCAUGGUUUAUACACGAUUGGGUGAUAUGGAGGAAGAGGAUGAAGAUGAGCAUCUACACCGAGAAGGGUUGAAUGAAACAGAUUUUGGACGGGCACGUUUUUCCAACUACGUUGGGCACAUUACACCAGCUGCUGCCAUAUUUCUAACAUCAAUUUUGGAGUAUCUUGGUGAACACUCAUUGAUAAUCGCUGGCGAAGCAGCUGCUACUCGACUUUCGUCAGGGAGAUCCAUCAGGGAACGGGACGAACAUUCGGAAUUGACAGAACCUGAUAUGUUGGUGGUGGAGGAAACGGACAUGGAGAAACUGGCCCUGAAUCCUACCCUUGGUCGGCUUUGGCGAACAUGGAGAAAGAACGUGAGAGCGCCUGUACUUUCGAGAACGCUUUCGAGAGAGUCGAUGAUACGACGGGGUCUAGUUCCGCUGAGAGGGAAUAGUAGAGCAAGUAGCAUCGGGACAAUUGAAGAGCCAUCCGCUGGCGAAGCUUCCCAAAAGACCCUCCCUCUGGAGGAGGUGGUUAAUCCUGCUGAUGUACCAAUCCCAGAAUCUGAAAAUGACGUAGACGAAAUUGAGGUCCCUGGAUUUACUACCCACCUCUCCAUAGCUGUCCAAGCACGAUCAUUCCGUCCUCGAAGCCUUUUCCUCUCGGGAUCUGAUAUCGUCUCACCCACGUCUACUGGCUCACCCUCACACUCUGCUACGCUGCGAGGCGGUAUAAAUGAAUCCUGGCCUCAUUCUCGUUCACAAUCCUUGCCGUCCUCGCCUUGCGGACAGCAUGCAGGUGGGAGCGCAAAAUUUUUCUCUAGUUUGGCGCUUUCACCAGUCAUUGGUCCAGUCGUUGGCCUUGCCAGAGAUGAACCGCACCACCUUGAGACAAUGAUUGAGGAUGAUGAGCUCCCAGACAGGCUCUUCGGGGAAGCAUCUUAUCCUCCUGGAAUUCCUCCUCGCAGCAAGCAACGUCGGGAUCGUGAUAAUAUUGAGGAUGAUCCCGAGAACAGUGACCAUUCUGAAUUCUAUGGUUCUGCAAACCCGUCUCGUCUACAAAGUCCACAGUUUCUCGAUGGACAGUCCCAUGAAGUUGAGCUUUCAUCGCAAAGGAGUGAAGAAUACAAUAUCUCACCAUCUCAGACGAUUGGACUGGAAACCACCAAGCAACAUGGAAAAUCCAAGUCCUCAAGAGGAAAUGCCAAUAGUCAACAUUCUCAAAGAAACGUGGAUCCCAAGUCUAUCCCUCCGUAUGAACACGAGGUGGAACCCUGUCAAGAAUCAAGUGCCUCUUCUCAAGGCUCAAUUGUGGAGACCUCCUUUGUUGCCCAAACAAGCAGAGCCGCCGCCCAUCCAUCUCGACUCACUCCACAUCAAGAAUUUGUGAAGAACUCUAAUGGUGCCUCCGAUCAAGAAUCUCCCUAUUCUUAUACUGCUCGUCGGUCAGCUAGUAUCCGAAGUAGACAGUCUCUCCCUCGGAGUAAUUCGCGACAAAACACGACGCCCCGCUAUACGCAACCAAAUUCCGCUGCUUCUGUGGGAUCCGAGCGUGCUGCCGUCCAGCGUGUCAGUCCUCCGCCACCCUCGACCCCUCGUGAUUCGAGUUCUAAACCGCGUCGUUCUGUGAGUAUUAGCAGCCAUCGAGAUAAGCGGCCGAUUACUUCGGGAUCUGCAACGUCACAGGUUUCUAAUAAAUUGAAGGGACUCGUAGGAUGGCAGGCUAGUGACAGCGAUUCCAAGGUUCCUCUUCCGAUACGCACUUCUACUGAUACAAACGGAACCCAAUCCAAAGUCGUGGAAGCAGUUCCAGACCCAUCUAACUUGGACGAAUUGAUUCAGAGUGAUGAGACUAUACGAUAUACUCUGACGCCUCGAAAUAUGAGAGAUAUGGAGGAUCCCAAUUCACCCAGAUGGGCUCCCACACGAACUGAAACAACUGAAUUGGCUGAUUUUUUGAAAACAACCGGUCCUCCAGAAGGGACACAGUCUGAUAGUGGGAGACCCAGUGUGUCUUCCUCCAAUAGAAACGGAUUGCGCAUACAUACGCCCUCCCCUAUUUCUCCUGUCCAACCCAAACAUACACAGUCUCCUGUUGCGAAUACUAGCCAUCCACAACCUCCAUCGCAUAAACCCCGCCCACCGCAAGCACGGGAUGCGAGAGUAGAGAGAGAAUCGCUGAGAGACUUUGCCGAGUUCAUCAGGUCCACAGGUCCAGAACACACCACCACAGUUCCAAAGAAUAAUUCACGUCCUGCGACAAGCUUGACUAAUGUUAGCAACGGGCCAGUCAACCGGACGCGGCAUGCGAUUGGCGGCGGUGCCCCAUCGGCAACAUCAGUUCGCUCGCAAAAGGUCCUUACUAAGGAAUUACCGAAACGUCCAACCCCGAGACUGGAAGCUAGGUCUGCUCUUACACCAAAAGAUGAUGGCACAUCGGAUCUCAUCGAUUUCAUACGGGAAGGACCUCCGGAGUAUGCUUCUCACCGUAUCCCCAGAACAGUGGCUCCUUUCCGCACAACAAUGGAUUCCGAUGAAUUACAAUAUCUGAGCAUUAGUCGUGCAAAUCGUGAUUCUGGAAAACAAAGCUCCGUACCAAGUGCGAAUGCUGAAUCUGUCCUACCGAAAUCCGUGUCUUCUUCAUUCAACUCACGUACGGGCUUACUCGAAUCAACAAACCGCAUUAAUAAUCGGACGUAUAAUGGGCAGCCAGCUUCAAACGGGGGAUUUGAGCAAGGAGAAAGUGGCCUGCCUGUAAGAAAGCAGCGAUGCGUGAAAGAUCCAUAUGCCAUUGAUUUCGAUAGCGAUGACGGUUUUGACGAUGACCUACUGUCCCGCGGCCUUAAAGCACACAAAGAGGAAGAAGAGAGCUUGGCCGACUUCCUACGCAAUGCUGCACCACCGCCUGAUUUUGACCAACACCCUCCUCUACUCUCCGUUAAUGCGAAUGCAGUGAAUAAGGCUAAAUUGAAGAGCACAACGUCGAUGCGUUCUCGCCUGAUGCGCGCCACGUCUGUUGACAAAGUCCCAUCGACUAAACUAUCUCGAUCCUCUCUCCGAUCUCAUAGAUCAAAUGCCACAACUGUUUCUUCCCCAGCCGGUCCUACCACUCCGAUUCCGGAAGCUUCAGGGCCCAAAGGCUUUCUCUCCAGCUCUCAGCAUAAUAACUUUCCGCCACAUCCCGCUUACAGUGCUCGUAUUGAACACCAGCGAAACGGCACGACGGAUGGGUUUCUACGUUCCCAACUAGUUGAACCCAGAAAUCACACUCGUGCCAAUCAAACCUCGACUGCUGACUUAGCGGACUUCCUAAAGAAUACCGGCCCUCCAGAGUCCCUAGGCAUACAUUCUUCGCGAUCAUCCGUAAGCGCUGAUAGGGAGAAGCGUACCGGCGUCUCCAUUGGCAAAAUCUUUUCGCGGAGGAAGAGACAGGCGGUGUAA